AUGGAGACGCAAGAUCAAAGCCUUUCGCAUCUGCGAGAGCAGUUUGCAUUAUACAAACAUAUCCAGAUCUACCAUUGGCUUGCAGACACCUGGAAUUGGAAUGAAAUAGCUAAAUUGUUCUCGGAGGAUACUGAGUACGAGUUUGAAACUGCUGAGAGUGGAGAAAGUUGGGCUGGUGGAGUCCAGCUCCAGAACCAAACCAUAAGAGGGCCCGAUGCUGUAGUCACGACGUUUGAUGGACUGGUGAAGGCAUUCAAGAAGGUACAACAUGUCAUCGUCAACACAAACUUCGACAUCAGUGGCGCGACCGCAACUGGAACGGCAAAUAUUGUGUUUUGGGGUGUUCCAGACCCGACCAAGCCCCAUCUCCACUACACUAUCGCCCCGCAGGGAGCACUUGGAAGACCGCUUACACCAAAGUGGAAAAGAUUUGGGAGCAUUCAACGCUUGGUUCAUAAGCUGGGGAGCAUGAGGGGCUACUUCAGUGUUAUGGGACUGGGGUUCCGAUCGGAAAACAAUGCCCGAUAA